AUGCAUCGAUUAAUAAAUAUGGCACAUAUAUUUAUGUACAUCCUUGUGAUUUUCACGUUUUUAUGAAAAAAAUAGUAAUAAUAGAAAACAGCGUUUUAAUUAGCGUGUUUAAUUAUUAUGAUUUAGAUUCGAAUUUACAAUUUGAUAGAUUAUGUACCAUAUUUAAUUGAUAUUAUUUAUUUUUACUAUGUUUUUCAAAUUUAAUUUGAAAUUUAAGUGGCUUUUCUUUGUGAUUUUUUUUGUAUGAUUAAGGAAUAUUAGAAGUAAAAUAAAUUUAUUUCAAAGUUGCAUUAAAAAAUUAAUUCUCUAAUCUUAUUUGAAAUUUUGAAUUUGGAAAACUCUAGGAAUUUCCAUGAUAACAAAUUCCUUUAUAAAAUGUUACAAACAUUUCGAUAAUAUAUCUUUGACAAGUAUGCUUCUAAUAUAAAAAUUAUGAUUAGAGCACAAAAAUUUAAUAAAGUAUUACGUCUAUUACUUAUAUUAAUUCUCAUUUGCUAAGUGCUGAAAAGUUAAGAGAGUACGCGAGGUACAAUUGGUACAAAUUGCAAAAGAUAAAUAAAGGAGGCGCCGCGGGAAGGAAAGGUUUGUUAUUCGCGUCAAAUAGCAGAACGGAAUCUAUUGAUAACGUCGCUGUCCCGUUACCGGACACGGCCGAGUGUCGGAUUCUCGCUGACAUAAGCUAUUGACAUGACACACCACAUUGACAAGGAUACGCCACGUCACGUUAUUAUAAUUGUCCGUUUAUCGCUUUCUUUCGCGACUUGUCCGCAGAAGAGUGCGACUCAAUAAUGGCAUUGGCGACAUGGAUGGCGAUCGGACGGCGAUCAUGGGCAGCAAGAUCUUGCCGUACUUCGUGUCCGGGAUCAUCACCAAGGGCUUCGGCAGGGGCUCCCGGGCGCUCGGCAUCCCGACAGCUAAUCUCCCAGAAUCCGUAGUCAAUACUUUGCCAAAGGAUCUAAAUACCGGAGUUUAUUAUGGCUGGGCAUCUUUGCACGGGGAAGUUUACAAAAUGGUCGCAAGCAUAGGAUGGAAUCCAUAUUACAAGAAUGAGAAAAAGUCACUGGAAGUGCACCUGCUACAUAAAUUCCAAGAUGAGUUCUAUGGUAAGGAACUCAAAAUUAUUAUUGGCGGAUAUAUAAGACCAGAAAGGGAUUUUUCCUCUCUAGAUGAACUUAUCGCAGAGAUAAAGAAUGAUAUUGCAAUUGCGGAACGUCAAUUAGAAGAACCUGUUAUAAACAAGUUAAAAAAUGAUGACUUUUUCAAUAAUAAAACAACUCACUAAUAAGAAAAAAAAGUAUAAUCAGAUCAAGAGAA